UAUACACAAAUUCCUAUGCACAUAAAUUUCUCUCAUAUUAUUCAAGGUUAGAGUUAGCUAUCUCCCUAUUCCCAACAUCAUCACUAUCAAUCCAAUGGCUGCUUCAAUCUCAAGCAUGUUCAUUCCCUUCUCCAAAACAUACACCAAAUUCUCAACACCACCAUCAUCAUCAUCAUCUCUAAUCCAAAACCAAAAGCCCAAAAAACCCACUCUAAUCACCAACUCCUCUAUGCCAUCAAGAGAACAAGAAGUUCUCCCACUUGAAUCAGAAGAAGCAACGCAUAACCUAUACAUAAAACCCAAGUUAGAGCAACAUCAUCAUCAUAAUCAUUAUCAGCGAUUACCAGAGUUGUGGCGCGAAAUCCACGGCGAUAACGACUGGGCCGGGCUUUUAGAGCCCAUGGACCCUCUCCUACGGUCUGAGCUAAUCCGCUACGGCGAGAUGGCCCAAGCAUGCUACGACGCCUUCGACUUCGACCCAUUCUCAAAAUACUGCGGGAGCUGCAGGUUCACGCGCCGCAACUUCCUCUCUUCACUCGGCAUGUCACACCACGGCUACAACGUCACGCGCUACCUCUACGCCACCGCAAACAUCAACCUCCCAAACUUCUUCAAAAAAUCACGGUGGGCCAAGAUGUGGAGCAAGAACGCAAACUGGGCAGGAUACGUCGCCGUUUCGGACGACAACACAAGCAAGAGACUCGGGAGAAGGGACAUAACAAUUUCAUGGCGUGGAACAGUUACAUACCUUGAAUGGGUCGCAGACCUCAUGGAUUUCCUCAAACCAAUCUCCAACAACAACCUCAUCCCUUGUCCUGAUCCAACGGUCAAGGUUGAAUCAGGGUUCUUAGAGCUUUACACUGAUAAGGAAGAGAGUUGCGGUUAUUGUAAGUACUCAGCGAGGGAGCAGAUUCUAACGGAGGUUAAGAGGUUGUUAGAGAUGUUCCCUAAUGAGGAACUUAGUGUUACCAUAACGGGGCAUAGCUUGGGGAGUGCUUUGGCUAUGUUGAGUGCUUAUGACAUUGUUGAAACGGGCUUGAACGUUAUGGGGGAUGGUCGUGUCGUUCCGGUUUCGGUUAUGUCGUUUUCGGGUCCUAGGGUUGGGAAUGUGAGGUUUAAGGAAAGGUUGGAGAGGCUUGGGGUGAAGGUGUUGAGGGUGGUGAAUGUGCAUGAUGUGGUACCUAAGACGCCGGGGUUUUUGUUCAACGAGCAGCUUCAUCCGUCGGUUAUGAAGCUCGCGGAGGGUUUGCCGUGGAGUUAUUCGCAUGUUGGGGCGGAACUUGUUUUGGAUCAUAAGAACUCGCCGUUUCUUAACCCUAAUGGUGAUGCUGUGUGUGCUCAUAACUUGGAGGCUCUUUUGCAUUUGCUUGACGGAUACCAUGGAAGGGGUCAAAGAUUCGUGCUAGCGACUGGUAGGGACCCUGCUCUGGUGAACAAGGCCUGUGAUUUCCUGAAAGAUCAUUACUCGGUUCCACCACAUUGGAGGCAAGAUGAGAACAAGGGCAUGAUCAGGAGUGAUGAUGGACGCUGGGUGCAGCCUGAGCGACCAAAACUUGACGAUCACCCCGAAGAUAUGCAUCUCCAUCUCACUCAGCUAGGUCUCGCUACAUCUGAUAAUGUGAAUAAAAGUUAUAACAUAGAAGUGUAAAGGUGGUGUGUGUCUGUUUGUGUGCGUGAAAAGGUGGUUGUAAGUAGCAAGUUAAAACACAAAUUGCCCCACGAUAAAUACUUCAAAGCUAAAAAUGAGAACCAUUAUAUUCCGA